UCAGAGACCUCCUUCCACCAUUUAGGAGCAGGACAGCAAAUAUGAGGGAAGCUAACAAGAAAACAGGGGGAACAAAUCCGACACACAACCAGGGAGAUGAUAGGGGGCAGGUGGGUGACAACAGGCCGGGAAGCAGCAGAGGGCAGCGUCUAUACGGACAACGACAGAGAGACAAACACAUGACGGAACAAACAAACCGGGGGAAACAUGCGGCACAACAAAAACACAAAAACACACAACAUCACAACGAACAGCGGAUUUAGAUCCCAGGCACCUCAAGCGAUCCAGUGUUUGUCUUCUGUUUCCCAGAAAACGCCUGAGGGUUUAAUAGUUGGAUGUAGCCGUGGGGCCGUAGUGGAUUAGUAAGGAGUUCUUUGUAAACACCUGUAAACCAAAGCAGUUGUUCCUGCGAGCUGGAGAACCUCAGCAGGGGAGCAGUAAGGGUCUGAGACGUGGACCGGAGCUUAAGGAGGCUGCCGGCUGGUACGUCUCAGACACAUCAGCUAACCAUCAGGACCAAACCGCUCCAGCUGGUUACUCGCCCUCAGGCUUCAGAUGGAAGCAGAUUUUGGUUCCACGGCCGGUUUGACCUCCUGGAGACGAGUCUCUCAUUCCCCGUCAUUCCUGUGUGGUGUGUUACAGGAGAUGAUGGAAUGUGCGCCGGCUCGUCUCCUGUUGGCCGUCCUCUUGGCGGAGACGUCGGUCUCCCUCUCAGCUUCAGCGGGGAGCACGCCGGCCUCUCCGUGUCCAGCCGGGUGGCUCCUCUUUGGGCCCAGGUGCUUCGCUUUCUACCCCGUGUGGAGCUCCUGGACCGACGCCAAGGCUGCGUGCGCUCAGAAAGGAGGUCACCUGGCUGCUCUCCACACACCAGAGGAGAGGCAGUUUGUCCGUCAGUUGGCAAACACCGACCCCGCGGUGUGGCUGGGCGGACGCCGCCCACGGCAGAAUGGCUCCUGGUUUUGGAGCGACGACUCGGCGUCCAAGAUCCGUGGGCGGACCAAUCAGAGGCUGGACAUGGGCAGAGGGGGCGGGGCUUGCUUGGCAAUCAAACCAUUAAGUGGCGAGCUGGAGAGCGCCGCCUGUGGCCAGCUCAGGUUCUACAUCUGCUCCACGGGAGCCAGCAGGUCUACUGUCGCCCCCGGCAACACGAAACCAGUGGAGCCAGGUGAGAUACUCACAGGCAUCGUGCCCACGGAGAGUCUGUUCGAGGUGUUGUGGAGUUUCAGCGACCCGCUGGUGGAGGAGAUCCUCCGCUCCUCCACCUUCCUCGGGGAGCUGCGGUCCGGCGGGCUGACGCAGAGCUGCUACGACCGUUUCGUCCAGCAGGAGGCGCUCUACCUGCAGCGAGUCGGCGGCAUGCUGGAGGUUCUCAUUGGUCGCUUCCCAGAAGCGGACGGCGCAACGUCGCUUCUGUGGGACGCCUUUAAACAGUAUCGCAGCGGCAACCAGAGCCGCCUCCCCUCGCCGCCGCCCCCUCCGUGGCUGCGGUCCUCCCUGGCGUCCUUCCACGCCGUGGCCCUGGAGGAGCCCGUCUACUGGCUGGUGGCUCUGUCGGCCCGGGCCGGCCUCCGUCACCUCGUGGUCGGCGAGCUGCUCCCCUCCGGGGGGCCGGAGGCCGGCGGCCGCCUCCUCCGGGAGUGGAGCGGGGAUGCUCGGGCGGACGUCACCUGGACACGCAGGUACAGGAAGCUGGUAGAAGAGCGACAGCAGCACAUGGACGUGUUCAAAGCCGUCAACAUCUUCAGAGAUCACAUGAAGAACCAGAGGAGCCUCCACAAGGCCGUAGCCUGUGAUGAAGAGGAGGAGCGGUCCAGCUGAUGAAGAUUAAAGCACCGGACUGAACCCGAUUUCUCCGACAUGAAGGAAAUGAUCUUCACUCAGAAACAGUGAUUCAAAAGUCUGAUUACAAAUAAAGUUUCUGUUAAAACGCC